AUGACUUGGGCAGCAGAUCCUGAUCCGCAGCGGUAUGGACAAAAGGGCCGGGAGCCAAUAGACAGGUGGGGAGGAGAUUUCAAACAAUUGCCUCGCGUGUCAGGCGAGAUCGGAGGCGGGAGGGAAAGGAGGAGCGACCGAGGAGAAGUGGCUCCAGAGGAGGGGGCGAGCAGGUGCGCGUGCAGGAGCGAAAGCCUUUCCAAGCCUCCGACCCAGCGCGAGAAGGAGCUUGGAGUCUGCCUGGCCGCUGAGAGGAGGAGAUCUCGCCCUUGCGACGGCGUGCCGAAGGGGCUUGCCGCUUUCCCCAAAGGCUCCUGGGGAGAGGGGGCCAUGAUGCAGAAGGCCAUGGAGAAAUCUCAAAGCUUCCGCAUAGACGCCCUCCUGGCUGAGGAGCCCCCGCGACCCGCGCAGAGUGCUUCCCCCGAAAGCUCGACGGGGAGCCCGGGCUCCUGCGCGCGGAACGAGACGCCCUCGCCGUGCGCGCCCUCCAUGGUGGCCCCGUUGCCUCCUGCCGCCUUCAUCCCCAAGCCCGGCUUGUUGAACUUUCCCCCUCCGGGACUGGGCGGCCUGCCCGCCAUGUACCCGCCCCCUCUCUACCCGAUCUCGGCUCUGGCCAGCCAGCACCCUGCUUUCGCUUACAGCGCCGCCUUCCCCCACCUGCCUCAGCCGGGUCCGGAGCACUUCAAGGCGUCCGCCGUCGCCGGGGCCGUCCCGCUGGAGCACUGGAUUCGCGCGGGGAUCAUGGCCCCCCGCUUUCCCGAUUUCCACGGUGAGUAAGACCCCAGCUCCGGAGCCUCCGGUAGCCGGGAGGACACCGUGCGCCCAGGGCGCAUGGCGAAAGUCUCUCCAGGGCCACUGGUGGAGCCCAAUAAGCUACGCCCGGGAAAAGAAACACAUUCCGGUAUAUAGCGCGAUCUUCCUUAACUGCGCGUUUCCUCUUGAUCCAUUUCUACUUCUGGAGGGGUCAGUUUCUGCUUCUCGGUUGGGCAGGUAGUAGGAGCGCGCGGAAAAGGUCAUGGCAUCUUGCGAAGACGUUAUUUAAAAGCGAAAGAGGCUAAAAACGACACACACAUCCAUCAAAACAAAAACUGUAGGUAAAGAUUGCAGGGUGUGCAGUGGCAAUCACUGUCAUUGUGGCUGUGGACAGUAAUCACUGUCACAAGAUGUGGCUCUCGCCGCUGGCUUACCAGGUGGUUAAAAGGAUACGAGUCCGUCCUCGGCUCCUAGUCACGAUGGCUGCGUGCUUCUGAAUGACACUUUCUGGAAGGCGAUUUCCUUCCCAGAAGCGUCUGGUGAAGUGCUGUGGGCACUUAGGGUGCUGAACGGCGGGACUUUGAUCCGAUCCUACAGGACUCGACAAAUGGGUUAAGUCCAUCACAGCAUCCCCACCUGCCCUCACGCGCUGCUUAUCAAAACCGAGCUUCAGCCUCUACCAUUUGAGGCAUGAAUUGCCCACAGUCGUGGAUUCUGUUUAUAGUUUAAGCUAGCUUAGGGGGGGGGAAAGUAAGCUGGUUUUUCAUGUAGUUUAGCAAAAUUAUUAGUCGCACCUGUGGCGUGCACGCCUAGAGUACUUGUACCCCGGAUUUGUUAUUUGAACCCAUAGUGCUCUCCCAAUAACGUCCUGAUAAGAACGGAAUAUUUAUAUAAACUUUUGGGAUGUAUUUUCCCCCGACCAAUUUUACCUAGUGAAAAGACUGGUAUCUGUGUCCUCCCCCCCCCCAUAAAAAGUUCUUAACAGAUAUUUUGAAACGUUUAACAUCCUCCUUCAUCGCAACCUAAUCUAAAUGACACAUGUUAGCUCUUCCUAGCUUUAAAAAAUGGUUAUUGAAAGAAAUACACUUGGAGACACCUUUUAAUGGUAAGAGCAAUUCGACACUGGAGCCAAUUGUCAUGGAGAGGGGAAAACGGGGGCUUUUCCUUCGUGAAGUCUUCGAGCUGGGCGCUUCCGCCAUCUGUUGGAGGUGCUCUAACUCUAGGUUCCUGUUUUGAGCUGGCAGUUAGACUAGGUGACCCCCAAAGCCCCCAUCAGCGUGACGUUCAGCCUGCUCUUAUGUGUUCCUGUUGCUCAAAACCAAACCACACUGCAUUCAGUGAGGCUGAUUCCCAAGUAAGCCUUCGCAGAUUUAAUGCUUAGCUUUUUUCCCUACAAUAUCGUCCCACGACUUCUACAUCCCAGUUAAGCAGAAGUGUCUAAGACAUGAAAGUGAUUUAAACUGUGGUUCCAGGAAUCUUGCUUUGGAGAGAAGUGAAGAAAAAAGGGAAUUGCUGUCAAGAAAAAAGGGAAUAACGGUGCACUCCUCCUGCACAUCCCUACUCGAAAGUAAACCCCAUUAAAUUCAACGAGGCUUCUUCCCCGGGGAAUGUGUAUAGGAUUGCAGCCUAAGGCCAGAAUUCUGGUCUCUUAAAAAAGGAGCAUUGAGUCAGAUUUUAGAAUGGGCGGGUUAAUGGCAGUCUUCAGAGGCUGUUAAAGAUUAACCUGGAACCUCAUGGUGAAGAUAGGGUAAGCAAUCUUACAAAUAAAAUUAAAUAAUAAAUUGGGAGGGGAACUCAGGUGUACUUAGAGUAGUUGUUGACAUUACUUUAAAAUACUAUUAAAAACCUUAAAAACAAAGCAAACCACCUCAUUAGCAACAACGCCUUGAACUCUCUCGCGCGCUCACGGAGAGUCAUUUGUUUCUGACACUUCUACAAAUAGAAAAAUAAGAAUUUGAAGGAGAAGGCUAGGCUAAAAUCUUUUUUUCCUGACAUCAAGUUUGAUAUGGGAAGGGAACGGCUUGUCAUAAGAAGCAUGCAGUCGUACCUGUCGGAAUGGGUAGUUGGAAAUGGUACAGUCCAGAGGUAAGUUUGGGCAUAACCAUCCCAUCUGAUGCUUGAGAGAACUAGGCAUAUAUUUCCGGCUACGUUACUGAACCUGCCCCCCAAGUACGUGCGUGCGUGUGUGUGUGUGUGUGUGUGUGUGUGUGUGUCGUUCUGGGACAGUGUUUAAUUAUGUGAGUCCUCACUCUGUGUAAUGUGGUAGUGCCCAGAGGAAAAUUUACUACCCGCUUCUAUUGUUGUGAUAACUAGGUCUGACUGCUCCUGAAUGAAAAUAGCCAGCUGUCUUAAAGUGGUUGGUUGGAGAGGGCGGAAUGUUCUUUGCCUUCCGUAGGGGCCUUCUCUGGUCCUCAGCGCAUUUUACGGUGCAGUCCUAGACGUGUCUAGGCAGUGGCAAGCCCCACUGAAUUCAAGAGGGCUUACUCCCCCAUAGUAAUAUUUUGAUCCUAAAGACUACAUUUAGGCAACUGGAAGUCGAACACCCCGCUUUUGGUAUUUAUUCCUGCCGAUGGAUGGAAUGUGCUUUGCUUAAAUCGCUCCAGACACCGCUUCGAAUGCACAGUCUAUGUUUGGGAGUGCUUCAUACCCGAGCGCCUUUUUGCCUAGGAGACAGAGAGGGGAGCUAUGAAGGAGCCUGGAAUCGACUAGGGUAAGACUCCAGGCUUCCCCGCGGCAGGAUUCACCUGUUCAGAGGCAUUAGGCAACUGCGGUUGUGAUAUUUUAUUGCACCCAAACUUGGCUCUAAGGCAUAGUGACGGGGUGGGGUGGGGGCAGAGCUGAGCUGAGCCAAGCCCCCUCUGGAGCCCUGCUGUCCUGCCGGCAAGUUUUCCCACAUCAAUCACUCGACCCCGGGCAGGGGAAGUUGUAAAAGGUUUUGAACUUUAAUCCGCCCAAGGUCUCCGGGUACUUAGGCUGGAGCUGGCGGAGGGCUGGUGCAGUUAAUUUGUUACCAACGGCGGAGAAAAAAAGAAUGUCUCUGUCUUGUCAGCUGGAAGCAGGCGACGCAGACAAGCGAAGAAAGAAAGAGGCAGCUUUUGCGUGUGUGUUAUUUUGCGCUGUUUCUUCAUCUUCUAGGCUCUUUUUCUCGGAAUGCAGCUUACAAGUGUGUGAGAUGGGUGGUGAUGGCUAUCCCCGCCCCAUCUAAAUAGUUGGUGUGAAAGAGUGUGAAAGAGACAUUCCGUAUUCCUUAUCGGAGAUUUUUAAGAUGCCGAUUGCAAAGCUAUCCAGCUUCAUUCUGACCACUGGCUUCUCUUUAAACACCUAGGCGAUUUUAUAAUGCUUCCUAACUGGCUGAGAGGCUAAGUGUUCCAUCAUUCACAUUUCAGAAAGUCUGCUAUACAAAAGAAAUCGAAUCCUCGCAGUUUCGAAAAAAAUUAAGUUGCCCUUCAGUAAAGAACGGGGCGGGGGGAGGUGUUGCCAGCGUCUGGUCGCCAAGAGCCAAAUGAGAAAGCAACGGGGAUUUCCAUUGAAGAAAAGCAGCAGCAGCGACUAAACACCUUGAUAAACCUCGUUUAAACACUGAAUCGGUUAUCAACUGAAAAGCAUUCCUUAUUAAUUGUGCAGUGGAUUAAUAAAACAUAUUGACAGGUCCAUCAAUUAAUACGUCGGUCGAUAUUAACGUUACACUGUUUCACUUUCAACGGUAGUAUUUUAACUGCAUUUAAUAGGGCGGUGCAUUUAGUUAUGAUUGCGAAUGGUUUAAAAUUCUGUGCUCGAUCUCAACAUAGAAAAAAACCCCAUGCCCCUAAAAUUUGUCUUCAGGUAGUAAGAUAGAUAUGCCCCAAAUAUCAGUCUUCUAUCCCUUAAAAUUGGAGAUCAGUUGAUCCAGUAUCUCAAUAAACCACUUUGAUUUCCUGUCUCUCUCUCUCUCUCUCUCUCUCUCUCUCUCUCUCUCUCUCUCUCUCCCCAUCUCAUUCCUUUACAUUUUCAAUUAUUAUUUUCUGGAGAAUUUUUAUGGUGUCCUUUAAAACACACACAUGAAUACUCCAGAUUCUUGUAGCAGGACAGGAAGGAAAGGUUGCAGUCAGUUGUCAGAUGACAGGGUUUGUGGCUGCAAGGGAUGAGCGCAUGCUACCUGAGCCCCCCAAUGGAGCUGGGAUGCCAAGAGGGGUAGCCUUAUGCGAGAGGGAGCCGGUGGUGCUGGUGGUUCUGCUCUCAGUUCUAACUCAUUGUGUUUGUGGCUCGCUAUGUCGCUUGCCACAGACAGCAGACAGAAAGCAACAUUAACUGUGCAGUCCUAUGUGGGUUUACGUAAAAUGUAUGUUUCCUCGAAUUCAACUAGGAUUACUUCCAGGUAGGGAGGUUGAGGGUCGUCCUGUCAGGCUGAAAACACAGUGGGACUUACUUCUAACUCGGUAUAAGAGAACCUGGCCACUAAACCUGCAGCUCAAAUCUUUAAUCUCUCAGAGGUCAAUAGCCCUUGGUCCCCUGGACUGUGGGAGCUGAUCGGGACGGGGAUGUGGUGGUGGUGACUGUCCUGCCAUCAUGGUCUCUGGAUCCCCAGGUUAGCUGGGUGGCGCUUGCGAUUGCCCUCCUUCGUUCUACCAGCUCUUAUUUGCAACGAUUUAAAUCACAGAGAUGGUCUUGAGUUUACAAAACCAGGUUCAUCACUCGGUUGGCAACACGGGCGUCUACGUGGCAACCGGCAGGAGCAUUGACUGGCGUCGCCUCAAACUCAGUGGUUUCAGCUUGAGGCAGUUCACACGUUCAGCUGUGACAGCGAGCGAAGCACCUGCCGUGCACGUGUGAAUGAAUGGGCCCUUUGGGGGCAUGAAAAGGUGAACGGCUUCUUGCCCUUUUUGGGGGAUUAUUUUUAUCUGCCUGGACAUUUGGGUAGCGUCCCGGAUCUUGCGCAUGCCGCUUUAGAUUAUCUGGUCAUGCAAAAUAACCAAAGCUAACCAAAGAUAAUGGCCAGGGCUUAUCGGCCGAUCUGUUCCCACUCUUUCCAAGCGGGAACGUGACGGGUGGUGGUGUUGGAGGGUCCCAGAGCUGGAGACCUGGAGGAAGAGGAAGAGGUGACAGCGUAGUUCCGCAGCUGCCACUUCCCAUCAGAGGAAAUUGUUCCCGGAGCAAUUGUCCUGCUCCAGCGCGCAAGGACAAGCCUCGUUUCACGCCUUGUUCGCCGGUCAACGACGCGAGACGAGUGUCUGCGGCUUAUUGCAUUAAAGGAGUAAGACCCGGCAGAAGACUGGUUAGGUAGCCAACCAGCCAACUACAAAGAGCUUUCAGGGGCGAACGAACCGCCGAGAUCUGGCAACGGCGCAGUUAGGCAAUCUUCGAUUCUAGAGCCGCCUUGCCAACCUGUAGCCUCCAUCUCUGGUCAUCCUUGCGCAUAUCUCCGCGCUUGCGAGUCUCGUUCGCAAGCGCAGAGAAUAACUCAACGAGGGAAAGAGAAGAAAGAGCUUUGACAGGGAGCUCUAGCCAUGUGAUUGCCAUGCACGUGUGACUGGGCCAUUUGACAACUCGGUCAUGUAAUGGACAACCACAACUUUCCGAGAUGGUCGCUCGAUCAACUGAAAGUCGCAUCCGCGCGGGUUAUCUUCUGCCUCAGAGAGGAUGGUCAAAGCCUCAGUCUUGGCCCGGUUCUUACUGCCCCCAAUGAUGUAGCUAUGGAAUUGGGAGAUGCUCCUCAUCACCUGGAAACAAACAGGAAGACAUUCCGACUCUUUGCCCUUUGAAUGCCUAUGGUAAUAUCCUACUAAUUCAUACUCGGAGUACACUUAGCGAAAUCAACGGACGUUAGGUUAGUUACUUAGAACUACCGUUGGGUAUUACCCCGGAAAGGAGACUCCAUUUAUUCUGCACUUUGGGGGGGCAUAUUCAUUCAUACACGCAAGCCACUAUUUUAAAGCUGCACUUAGGGAGCAAGGUGCGCGUGUGUGAAAACGCCAUCAGUGUGAGCAGUAAGGCAUCGCUAAGGUUCUCGUGAACUCCAUGAUAUUUGCCGCUUCUGGAUAAAGGCGCUUAGGAAGGCCACCCUGUACAGUGGUACCUCGGGUUACAUACGCUUCGGGUUACAUACGCUUCAGGUUACACACUCCGCUAACCCAGAAAUAGUGCUUCAGGUUAAGAACUUUGCUUCAGGGUAAGAACAGAAAUCGGGCUCCAGCGGCGCGGCAGCAGCAGGAGGCCCCAUUAGCUAAAGUGGGUGCUUCAGGUUAAGAACAGUUUCAGGUUAAAAACAGACCUCCGGAACGAAUUAAGUACUUAACCAGAGGUACCACUGUACACGUUUGCUCAGAAGUAAGUCCCACACUUAAUCUGUGGUCUGUCUGUCUCAAUAGCUGUACGACAUCGGGGAAAAGAUUGGAGAACAGGUCCCAAUACUGUAUACUGUGCUUAAAAUCUACCGUCAAUGAAGGGAGAGUCCACAACCUUCUAAGGGAGACCGUUCCCCUGUCAAACAAUUCUUACUGUCAGAAAGUUCUUCCUGGUAUUUAGUAAGACUCUGAACACUCCAAGGAUAUUUAAAGUCCCUCUGAACUCAAUAUGCAGCUUUCUUUCUUUCUAGACCUUUUGUGCAUCCGUGUCGUGUCAUCAUACCGCAGCUCCACUCCAGCAGAUGUGCGCCAUUUUUAAAAAAAAUCGUCUCAUUUUUACUUUACUUAAAUUAACAAAAAAUACAAAAAAAGCAAUAUCCAGCAGCGUAACUGAGCUACGUGCCUUUCAGCUGCAGAUCCACGUGUGCGCCGAUUCCCCCUUUCCCCCAGUUAGGAUUAGCUCUGUCUCUGCAGCUGUGCUGGCUCUAACCCAAACGGUGUCUCUUCCUCAAACACGAAGGGAAAAAAGGGAAAAGAAAGAAAAUGUGGGUGGUUUUGAAGAGGCUGUGCAUUAGGGGCUUCCGUACAUUAAGGUUGAAUGCACCCAUCAAUCGCUCCCUUGAUUUAAUAUGGUCAUUAAUUGUGAUUUUAAAAUGGGAAGUUUAUUCCCAUCCUAAACUGCGUCAUCUGCGUAGCUACGGGCAUCCUUGUCAACAAUCAACCUUGGGAGGCUAGCAAAUCAGUUAGCUGAUGGAUUCCUGCCGCCGCCGCCCCGGCCAAAACCUGCGUAUUAAUUACUUCAUUAUAAACGCCGCAGCCGGUGCGGUUUUAAAGCGGCUCUGGGUCGCUUGUGUUGCUGAAUGGUCUUCCGGGCGACCUUGUCAUCCGGAUUUGUUUGCCUGGACCUAGCCUCAAGGAAUUGUUGUCCAAGGCUUUCCAGUGCAAUUCCCGACCCCCUUCAUAUCCCCUGAAAUCCGAUUUGGGGGGCGGACGAAAGGAGGCGAAGCAGGCUUGUCUCAAGAGCGCCAAAUCAACGUCAGUUGUGCAACCUGGACUUGCCAGCCUGUGGCUGCGUGCACGCGAGACCUUUAAAGCACAUUCGAAGCGCAUUUCUCUCUCUUGGAAGUGAGCCCUGGUUCGGUUGAAUCAAUGGGACUUACUCGCCAGUAAAUGUGCAUCGGAUGGAUCGCGUUGCUCGUCAGGAGAUAAGGCUUUCUUCGCUAAGAAAAUGACCUCGUCAAGGUCCCCCUUGGGCAGAUUCCUGAAGCGUAGCUCCCUCCCUCCUCACCCGCACAAACAGGAAAGGACGGAAGCGCAGGAGGUUUGUCCUCAAGGCGCUCAGCUGUGCUUCCGUGGUUUCCCAGCGCGAAAGGAUCGGGAGCGAAUCAAACGCAGUUUUCAGAAGUGUUUGACUGCAAGGAGAUGGGGGUGGGGACGACGACGACGACACGACGUCCGUAAACUGUGAGCAUAUAAUCACACUGUUGUUGUCUUUGAAGUGCCCAAAGGAGAAGCUAUGCAAGGAGUAUGAACCGUGUGCAAAUCCAUAGCGCAAUCCCAUGUUGCGUUUCUAACACCUCUAUUUCUCUCUCUCUCUCUCUAUCUCUAUCUCUCUCCACACACCCACCCACCCACCCACCAAGUUUUCGUGUUGGAUUGAUAUACCGGUAGUUAUACGUAUUUACUUACAUACUUACUUACUUACUUACUUAUUUCUGUAUUGUUUUGCUCAGCCUCUUUGGCAGCUAGCAGCAGGGGAAACUGUGGGCAUGCAUGUAUCCAUAGGCCUCUCCUGAAAAUAUGCACCCCAAAUUUCCAGUUUCAAAGCAAACAAGACCUAGAUCCGUAUCUAAGGCACGCGCCAUCCCCAACUCGGAUACGUUCCGUGGAGAGAGCAGCAGUGAAGCCCGAUUGGCUCCUAUGAAUUACAACUUGGUAAAGCGAAGCCCGUGCCUGACUGUCUCAUUCGGUUUGGCUGCACUGUGCCGAAUGUUGUGGGCUGUUCUGUCAUCAAGUCCUCGCCCCUGUUCUGAUCUUCCAAGAUAAUCCAAUUCAGGGAAUAUGAGUGUUUCAUUGCCCAGUACCAUUUCUCCGCAACAUAUCUGCUGCUGGGCUCUUCGACUCUGAUAUGUUAACGCCACAUGCCUCCCCGGAUUACCCUUCUCUAGGCCACCCAUUUGAUAACUGGGGGAUGCUCUCUUCCAGCCCUCUGAAGGUGAACGUUUCAUCAAUAAAACAAACCGGGAAAAUAAAAACGAAACAGCAAAUGCGCAAAACCAUGAAACAGCGGUAGCAUCGCAGGCAGCCCGAGCUCCUGUUUUCCACAGGGACAGGGCAGCCUCCAGAAGAUCGCGCGUCCCAGCUGGCAUAUUUGGCAUCCUGUUGGCACACCCAGUCAGGCCAUUCAGCCAUUAUGCCAAGGUGUGUCCUGUCCUGCGCGGCUACUGUAAAACUUGCAGACAGCCAACGAGCAGAGGUGCUUCGGGAAAACGUACACUUUAAACAUGUUGUUGUUUGCUUAAAUUUGCAUACCUGCCUACAUGCGUAGGUCUCAGGGAGGUUCACAACAUACCGUAAAUUUACAACUCUCCAGGAGAAAUUUUAGCAAGUUACUAAUAUGAGUUGUCCCCCUUUAAAGCCUUUGUUUAUGCUCGUUCUUGCUGUGUUUAAAAUACUUUUGGUUUGUACACCUGAAGAAUAAAAGAGAAACAAAGAUGCCUAGAUGAUCGAGAUGAUUAUUAAAAGAGAAGAUGUGUGGUGGGGUGGAGUUUAAUAUUUUAAUAACGACGAACUCCAAUUAAAAAUAGCAUAUUGCAAGCAGGUGUGUUGUUGUUUUCAAUAUGGAGGGGUUUCUCUUUCCUUCCACAGACAAAGGGCCAAUAGAAAGUCUAUGUAUUAACAGUUUGCGUUAAGCAUAAGGUGCUGAUUUGCUACAUUUCCAGCACCUGAGUUAAUGGGCAGUGGCAAAUAAAAAGGGGGGAAAGCAGGAGAAUAUUUUGAUCUUAGUAGUAAUUCACAUUUGUUUGAACAGAACACAGAAGCAUCUUUGACAUCCUGGCUCCAUGUGAAAAGAUGUGAGUCUUGCUGUGGCGUUUUUGUUAACCUCCCCCCCCCCCCACAUCUGAGGCUGAAAAUCUAAAUAGCACCCCAACCCCAUGGUAUCAAAAAAUAAAAUUAAAAAAUAAUCUGAAAGUUCAUUUUGAAGUGCCUCUUACUCAGUUCAGUAAUACUUAUUCUCUAGUAAGUGUAUUCAGGAUCACAGCCUAAGUCACAGAUAUGAGAAAACUGACAAGUGACAUGGGACAUUCUAGUGAAUUUUGAAUACUCAUGAAUAUUCAUUUCCACUUUAUCAUUAUCUGAGGAACAUUUUUUUUUUGUUUUUUUCCUUAUGCUUGAUAGUGCUCCUUUCGAACUGCCUUGCAAGGGUCUGUUCAAAUUGCCUUAAUGUUUCUGUGCUGCUCUCCAACAUGAAAAAUGAAUAAAGGGAAAGAAAGCUGGACAGUUCUCCAGUCUGCAGAACACCUAGGGAGUGUAUUUAAUUUCAUACGAAUGCUCAAAAUAUGAACAAGAGGAAAUAAAACAUGACAUCCUGGUGAAACACGACUUCCCACUGCUGCCACCCACUCACACACACACUCCUACUCCUCUUCCUGGAAAUCAUCUGCAUUUAUCUGCAUCCAUGGAAAACACCCCCUGCCCUCAUUUGCAUCUAGAUGGUUGGCAUAUUUUAUUUUUUUCAGACAACAGUUGCCCUUGUAGGUUCUCACUCUGACUUGUGAUCUCACCUUCCCUUUGCACGGUGACAUUCAAAUAGGCAUCUUCAAAUGUGAACAUGUUUUUCCGCAUUUUGUUUCAGCUUAAAUUUGUACAUAAUGUACAAACACUUCAGUCCAAGUUAAUUAAGAUGUGAGUUAUACUGCAAGCAAUGGGUUUCAAUGGACCUACAACUCGACUCCUAGGGUGAGGUGUGUCUAAGCCCACUGAAAUAAAUGGUUUUUGCAAGAUCAUAAAUAGGGCUGGCUGUUAAUCAUGACUAACUUUAGCCAGAUUAGGGUCGUCAUCCUUAAAUUAUCUACAAUAUCUAUAUUUUGUCGAUUGGUCGAUCUGAAAACUGAAAUGUUGUACUCUGCUGAAAUACUUUUUUUAAUAUUGAAAUGCCUUGGAAUUUCCAGACAGCUCCUGCUAACCACCUAGGAGUUUGCUGCAGGAAUUCAAUCAGGAGGCAAUCUUACCCAUGUUCCCAUAACUUAAUUUCAGCAUCUUCUUGGCAUAUACAAGAGCAGCAAGGAGCCCCAUGACACAGAUCCUUAGGAGCAAAGAUUCAAAAGUACAAAGCAAUCCAAAGGCAGAUGCCAAAUAAAAUGCCUUGCUGGAUACAGCCAUGCAUACAUACCUUCAUGGUUAUGAUCAGACAGGUUAGCUUAUUUUACAUGGAGGCAUUCAUUUAACUCAGCUUCUGCAAAUUAAGCAUCGCCUAGUUGACAACUGGGGCUUGGAGAUAUGUUUCAGAGUAUGGGGAAGGGCUAUAGCUCAGCAGUAGAGAAACUGCUUUGCAUGCAGAAGAUUCCAGGUUCAAUUCCCAGUAUCUCCAGGUAGGACUGGGAAUAUACCCUGUUUGAAACUCUAGCAAGCCAUUGCCAGUUAGUGUGGACUUAGCUUGAUGGACCACUGGUCCCAUGCAGUAUCAGGCAGCUUCCUAUGUUGCUGUGACAGGGAUAGCCAAUGUGGUGGCCCUCCAAAUGUUUUGGACUACAAAUUCCAUCAUCCCCAGCCAGCAUCACCAAUGGUCAAGGAUGAUGGGAUUUGUAGUCCAUGGGAGGGCAGCACAUUGUCUUUUCCUGCACAAUGGGGAGCCUUUUUAGGGGUGUGAGAGUUUCCCUCUAGGAACCCACCUCUUUUGUUUUCAAUGUGUGCUGCGAUCAAAGCAACUUGCAUGUUUGUAUAGAAUUCCCGCAAUGUUUUCCUGGCAUUCUGUACCUGUCUGUCCUCGCCCACUUCCACCACUGAAAGUCUGUUCUCUAUUUAGUGAAGGGCAGUAAAAGCUAAUUCUGGUGGAAGCCCAUAAAGUUGAUGAUAAUUAGGGGCAUCAGCAGCACCCUUCCUGUUCUGCCUGUGUGGGGCAAACGCUCUCCCUCAAAGCUUCUUUUGUUCAGUUUCCCCCCUCCUUCCUCUAUUCAGCAGGCUGCUCUGAUAAAGGUUCAUUAGUCAGAUAGGCGCUCUAAGGCCUCUGUGGAGUCAGGCUGCCUUUAUCACCACCUUAGGACAGCUGGAGGUAAUUAAAUACACCUUAGGCUAAUAAAGGAGGUUUAAUUUCACCAACGGAAUUGAUUGUGAUUGUUAAAAUGAGCACUGAUAACAUAUCAAGCAGGUUAAUAUCAGUGAGGCAAUAAAAUCAUUACUUGAAGGGAAGGCAGUGGGCUCCAUGCGUCUAGCUUAUGUCUCCUCACAGCGUCUGCUGGGCCUCAUAUACAGCACCAAAUGCCACUGCUGGUUAGGGAAUACUACCACAGGUGUUAUUUCCUUAUUGGAUCUAUGUAUGUUUCCAGUGGAAUUAAUUAGAGGUGUGGUAUCUAGGAACGAGUCAGAAUAAGAUCUAUUUAUUUUCUUUUCAGAGACUUCUAUUCCCUGCAAAAAAAUCACCAGUCUUUCGGUGAUUUUUGGAGGACUGUCUUUGAACAGGGAUGAAAGUCUUUGCCUAGAGUGAGGGCAAUGGUUUCUGUUCUCACUCUGAACUGGCUUUGCUAUGACAUAAAGCAGCCAAAUUGAAUUAGUAACAUGAAGGUUAUCAAGGUGAUCAACACUCUGACCAGAACACCACACUGGAUCUCACUUCUCUGGGCAGAAAGAAGUGUCUUGUUCUGCAGAAGAAAGGUGCUCCCAUAAGCACCUUUAAGCAAAGCUUCCCCACACACCCCAGUGAGGAGAGCAUUGUCUGCCACUGGGCAAGGGAAGGAGUGUGAUGCUCUGAUGAUUGGUGUGCAGUUGCACCCUGAGGCUGGUGUGAAGAAUGGAGAUGACUUUCUGCCCUCACUCUUCAUUUUUGGUCCCCACCCAGUCCACUGGCUGUUUUGGGGCUGAGUAGGAAUUUCUUACUUGUCCAUACAAUGGUCCACGAGUAGGGUUUUUUUUUUAACCUGCUCCAUAAACAUGCUGCUUAGUUUGUUUCUGUUGGCAAUGAUUUUUUUUUUAAAAGUGUAUUGUGUUCCCUUCUAUCUCUAGCUAAGGAUACAGCCCAGACCUCCACCUCCCUUUCCUCCUCUUUCCUCUUCCUCCUUCUUCCACAAUAACAAUCUGAUUUAUUACCCAUCCAGCAAUUUUAAAAUAUAAUAUUAAACCAGUUUAAAACAAAUUGCACUUACUAUGCAGCUGCCCCCUGUAACAUCCUUCUGGGUCAAAUUUAUUCUUCCUGACUCUUUUUUCCCCUUUCAGUUGCCCCACAGUCUGGCCUGAUGGGCAAGUGCCGCCGACCCCGAACAGCAUUUACCAGCCAGCAACUCCUUGAACUUGAGAACCAGUUCAAGAUCAACAAGUACUUAUCAAGGCCCAAGCGCUUUGAGGUGGCCACGUCUCUGAUGCUGACUGAAACGCAGGUACAUCACAGAGGGGGAGAGGGUGCAUGGCCUUUGCAACAGUCAAGGGAACUCUCCUCUUCCCCCAGUACUUUCCCAUACAGAUCUUUGCACCAAUUACCACACAGAAAUGAAAACUACAUAAGGACUUCUUUGGUAUAUCAUGCAAUAAACAGAUAGACCAAACCCCGGGGCUCUGUAAACAAUGUCAGCUGUGAGCACACUAGGUUUAUUGAUAUAUUUAGGUGUAUAUCACACACAUUUUAUACUACGUAGUGCAUAAACACUGGAAGGGCAAGGCCCGUAGCUUUACAAAUUUCCAGAUGAAAACUGCAGGAAAUCUUGUGGCGAACGUUGAUGGGCUACACAAAUGUACAGAAAGCAAGUAACUCCUGUGCAGUGCAGCAAAAAUAGGUAGCUUGUUAUCAAAAAAAGAGGAGGUGAUCAGUCAUAGGUUAUGGCAUGGGAGUAAAUCUGGUUCAGGUGAAACUAAGGUAUGGUUCCACGUAUGGGGAACAGUAGAAGGCACAGUGACACAGACAAUGGGAAUAUCUAGAGCAGCCUUCAUCCCCUUGAUGCUCUCCAGGUGUUUUUGGGCUGUAAUCCCAUCCUCCCUGACCACUGACCAUGCUGGCUGGAGCUGAUGGAAGUUGUAGUUCAAAACAUCUGGAGGGCAAGCAGGUUGAGAAAAAGGCUGAUCUGGGGUCUUAAGGUUAGGACAGAAGAAUGUAAAUGCCAGAGUGUUGGAACAAAUCUCCUCCCAACAGAGUACCUGUCACUGUCUGUCUGUCCAUCUCACGCAGGUGAAAAUCUGGUUUCAGAACCGCAGGAUGAAGUGGAAACGCAGCCGGAAGGCCAAAGAGCAGGUGUCACAAGCUGAGGUUGAGAAACAGAGGGGCGUGAGCAAGGCCUCCGAGAAACUGCUGUCCGGAGAAGGGCGAGGGCAGGAGGAGGAAGAGGAGAGCGGUGGCGAUGAAUGCAGCAGCCACAGUGCUGGCACACAGUUCCUGCGCCACAGUGCUGACACCUUCAGCUACAGCCCAGAUUCCUCAUGCUCAGAGGAGGAAGAGGAGGUUCGAAGCCCUACUCACAGGGAGAUGAACUUGUUGCUAUGA